UUAAGCGAUGGUCGUAGGUCUUAAGAUUUUUUUAAAAAAAAUAUGGAAAUUGAUGAUAUAUUUAAGAGACCAGAACCUGUUUUAAAGAAGAGGAAAAUUUCACCUAUUAAUCCAGUAGAAACAUAUAAAAAUAUCCAAAAUACUUAUAUUGAAGAAAAUGGUGAAAAUAAUGGAGAAUUUAAAGAUAAAUAUGAUGGAGGAGUAUCUGGAGAAGUUGAUGAAGAGGAUGAGCGUUUUUUUGGGGGUGGAUUAACUAAAGAACAAGAGGAAAUAUUGAAUUUUAUUGAUGAGAAUGAUAAAAAUGAGCCUAUUGAAGAAGAACAAAUUAGUGCAUCUUCUCUUAAAAAAAUGGUUAUUAAGCUUGAAAAGGCUAUUACAAAAAAUCAAGAGUUACGAAUGAAAUAUUCAGAAAAUCCAGAAAAAUUUAUUUCUUCUGAAGCGGAUUUAGAUUCUGAAAUUAAAGCUCUUUCUGUACUUUCAGGGUAUCCAGAGUUAUAUUCGGAAAUAUUAGGUUCAGGAUGUUAUAAAUCAUUGAUUGGUCUUUUGUCUCAUGAAAAUGCGGAUAUUGCUAUAAGUGUAUUGGAAUUACUUGAUGAAUUGAUAGAUGAUGAUGUUGAUCAUAAUGAAGAUGAAAUGAAAUCGUUAAUAAGUUCAAUGAUAGAAGCUCAAUUAUUUAAUGCUUUAGUAGAUAAUUUGACACGUUUUAAUGAGUCUAAUGAGUCAGAUAGACGUGGUGUAUUUCUUGUUUUGAGUAUUCUUGAGAAUAUUUCGUCAUUUUCUCAUACUUUUUCUGAAAAUGUUGUUCGUUCUACGAAUAUUUUAGAAUGGUUGCUUCAAAGACUUCAAGUAAAAGAAUUUCCUAUUUCCCAAAAUAAGCAAUAUGUUGCAGAAUUAUUGGCUAUUUAUACAUCAUCAAGUUCUUUUAUUCGGAAAAAAAUUAUUGAUUUGAAUAGCGUUGAUAUAUUGUUACAUAUUCUGAGUCCUUAUCGUAAAAGAGACCCUGUAAAAGAUAUUGAGGAAGAAUUUGUAGAAAAUGUUUUCGAUUGUUUAUGUUCUCUUUUAGAAGAACAGGAAGGAAAAGAAAAAUUUGUUGAUGCAGAGGGUGUUGAGUUAUGUUUAAUAAUGUUAAGACAUGGGAAAAUUACUAAGUAUCGCAGUUUAAAGGUUUUAGACCAUGCCCUUGGAGGGUUUCAUGGUAUGUCUUGUUGUGAAAGACUUGUUGAGGCUGCUGGGCUAAAAAAUAUUUUUUCUAUUUUUAUGAAAAAGCCAAUUCUUAAGGUUACAGAAUAUUUAUUAGGAAUAUUUUUAUCUCUUCUUCGAUUAUUGCCUAUAGAUUCUACACCUCGUAUUCGAACAUUAGCAAAAUUUGUUGAAAAAGAUUAUGAAAAAGUAUUAAGAUUAAUGGAAUUAAGGAAAUUAUAUAAAUCUCGUGUUGAUUCUGCUAAUCAGAAAAUGAUGGAAGAGCUUAAGGGACUUAGUCAAGAUGAAAGGAUAGAAAAGGAAUCUGGGAUUUAUUUUGAUUUAAUAGAUGUUGGACUUUAUUCUUUACAAGUAAUAGAUUUAAUUUUAGCAUGGUUAUGUAUAGAGGAUGUAGGAAUAAAAAAAAAGGUACAAGAGCUAUUAGAAAUAGAGGGACAAGAUAUAUCAUCUAUUAAAGCUGUUCUUCAGGAAUAUUUAAAUAAUAUGCAGAUUGAGGAUUCUGAAAGCGAUAAAUCAAAUAACGUUAUGGAAGAAAUAGAAAUGGUAAAAACAUUAUUAACUCUUUUGCAUUAGAAUUUUACUAUUAUUCAAUGAAAAAAUUAAUAUUUGUAAUAAAU